UAAUUAGGGGUUUUUAACUAAAAGAUUGGAUUCUAAGUUUUCAAGAGAUGGUGUGUAGAGUAGUUACUAGUUACCAGUUCCUGGUCAAAUUAAAUUUAAAUAGGUGGGUAGGGCCACAUGGAUUCCCAUUGUCGGGUUUGGACCCGGAUAAGGAGCCCUACUCGUAACUUCUUCCCACAUGCUGGCUGGGUUGAACACUAAUAAAUGCCAUUUUAUGCUCUGGAUCUGGAAUUAUUAUGGACCCAACUCAGGUUAGUAGACUUCGCUAAUUAAGUCUCCAUAAUCUUACCCUAAUCCCAUUUUUCCGAACCCAUCACUUACGGCUCUGCCCCCAACACAUGAGCAGACCAUUUAUGUAAUUGGCAACCUAUUGAUAUAGAUAAAACAUCCAAUAUUGGUUGUAAACGAGAAGUUUGAAUGUCUUAUAAAUUUUAAAAUUUUAUUUUCUUAACAAGACGUUUUUCUAUGAUAAAAUUGUGAGGCUCAUAUCGAGCCAUAGCGGAUAAUGCAUCAAAUAAUGGGGUAUCGAUUGAGUCGCACGCUGCAUCAUUUAGCGCCGUCUGUAAGAUCGAAGCCAUGUGUCCCUCCGAAGCCCCUCAUCUUGGGGGGCUAAUGAUGUAGGCAAGGGGGGGUGCACAUUUGUUGCAGAUGAGGAGUUUGAGUGACUUAUAAGUCUCAAGAUAUCCUCUCCCUAGCGAUGUACCUUUUUAAGAAAGAAUCAUAAAACUCAUACGAAAUUAGAGCAAAUAAUAUAUCGUGUAAUGAAAUACUAAUCAAAUUACAAAUCGCAUUAUGUAUAUAUAGAUAUUGAUAUUUUUUAUGUUGCUUCACCUAUCCAAGCCCAUGUUAGCAAUUCAAACCACGUGCCAUGCGUAUCUAAAAUGUAAUAAUAAUUUGUAAUAAAAAAUUCCAAAAGAAUUAAAGGGGAUAAAGGUUUGAAAAUUGUGAAGCUGCAAAUUAUAUCUCACGUGAUUCCUUGCCUUUCCUUUGUACAUGAAAUAAGACAUUCCGCUAACAAAAUUCACAUGUUAAACUCAAGACUUUUCUAUCUAUUUAUAUAUGAAUUAAGUAAUUUUUACUUAGAGGAUAUCGCAAAAGUUGGUGGGAGAAAGUCACAUUCCCAUCUUCCAUUGAUCAAUAGCUCAACUUCUUGCUUCCCCAUACUUUUGGGCAAUCCUUCCCCUGACGUGGCGAGUUGGGAUUGGCCUCGACCGCCAACUAUUUGGAUGAUGAGUGGUCGUACUGUCACUUGCAGGAUUAGAUAACACUUGGGAUUAUGCCACCAUGCCCACACUGCCCACCUCAGCCAAAAAGUGCAUCCUAGAGAGAGAGAGAGAGAGGAUAACAGGGCUUUAAGAGGCCAAACAACUAACAGAAAAUCAAACCUCAACGCCCUCUUUUCUGGUUUUUCACAUCAUCAACUUAUAGCAGCAACUCUCUCUCAAUAUUCAUGUGACUCUCUUUUUCACCUUUUUGUUUAUCUUCCUGUUCUUGCAUCUAUGAACACACAAUUCCAAAAGGGCUUCUGAUCUUACUGUUGGUUCAAGAAAAUCAGACUCUUGAGAGAUAAAACGAUCACAGUCAUAUUUUCAUCAACGGUCCCUUCUUGGUUGAUUCUUGGUGUGUGACUCAAACUUUAUUCUGUACUAUUGAGAAACAAAUCCAGUGACUUCUUUGAACUGGAGUAUAUAUGUACAUGCCAUGGUUAGUAUUUGGAUUUUCUUGAGUGAUGGAGAAAAGGUGUGAAUUUUGCAUGGCAUUGAGCCCAAUUGUGUACUGCAAAGCAGAUGCAGCACAUCUCUGCCUCUCUUGUGAUGCCAAAGUCCAUUCAGCUAAUGCUCUCUCCUACCGACAUCCUCGCACCCUUGUGUGCGAGUUGUGCAGAUUUCAGCCAGUGCUUGUUCGGUGUCUUGACCACCGGAUGUUCAUGUGCCAAGGCUGUGACACUGGCCAUCACGUCUCGUUUCAGCACCGGACGAGGGUUGUUAGUUGUUAUGUCGGGUGCCCUUCUGCCAAGGAGUUGGCUGCAUUAUGGGGGUUUGAUUUGAAUGAACUGGAGGGUAUUGGUGAAGAUGGAUCGGUUUCUUUUUCGCUGACUGCUGAUUCUGGUGCUGUCGAAUUAAGCGUUUUGAGAGAUGAUAACUGGCAAGGAAACAGAUUCUUGAUUAUGCAACAGAUCCUAGACUUGGAAAGGCUUCAGUUGUCUGAUGGAAUUGACAAUUCUUGUUUAGUAUAUGAUAGAGAGCGAAAGGGUGGAUCACCGUUCAGGCACGACUCGAUAUGGAAAGCCCACAAAGCCAUCAGUAAUCAUAUGGAUCAUUCUGAUGGGAAUCUUGAUUUUCAACAUGUCGGCAGUCCUCUGGAUGAGAAGGCCGAUGAACAUUUGUCGUCACCGUUUUCGCAGCUGGACCACUUGACAAGUACUGGAAAUCCCUUGCAUGGAGACUCAUUUUGGCAGUUCAGAAGUCCUGCUCAUAAUAAUGAGAUUUGGCUUCAAAAUAUGCAAGACCUUGGAGUUUGUGAUGAAAUACGAAGUUUUGAUGAUCUCAAAAUACCUGAUGUCGAUUUGACAUUCCGGAACUUUGAAGAACUUUUCGGAACUGAUCAUGAGAACAGCAGGCCACUGGUUGAUGACAAAACAAUGGCAUGCUCCUUUGCUGAUAAGAAUCUCUUAUUCAAUAAAUUAGAGAGAGGCUGUGCAAGCACAAUUGAGCAGUCCAACGAUUUCGACAAAGAAAUCAAUCCUUCUGACCAAGUCCAUCAGCUCCAAACAAAUAACAAUCGUCCUCGUCCAACUAGGCUGUCGUAUUCAGCAUCAUCGUUCUCUGUCUCAAGAAUUACUGGUGAAAGCAGCGGUUCUGAAUACAAGGAUGACGGGCUUUCUCCGGCAUUCCCUAGACAGCUACCUCCACACAGUUCAUAUGAUUCGGAGAACACAAAGUUGGACAGUAAAGAGAAUGUCAUCAUGAGACACAAAGAGAAGAAAGUUCUACGGCAUGAAAAGCAAGCACAAUCCACAUUUCCAAGAUCUAAAUCAGACGUCAAGAAACACGGAAAACAUCACAUUCUAAAAGCAGAAGGCCGUGAACACGACUCUGCAAAUGCAACUCGAAGCUUCUAAAGCUACAUUUGUAUUGCAUUGUACAUAUAUUGUCGACAAGAAACUCAAGAAUCCUUUAAUGACUCUGUCCUAAUCUCCGCUUCUUUCACUUAUAUGUGAUAGUCCAAUUUUGCUCUAACAGUCCUAUAGGAUUCGAUCUCUCUGUGUAAGAACUUUGCAGCUUGUUCGAUUGUACGGUGAUGUCGUUACAUGAUUUCUUUU